AUGGUGACGGCUUCGGACUUUAAGAAACCGGCCAAGAAAGAUGAGGUUCCAUUGACAGGUGUCAUCAUUUUGGAUCUUUUCGAUCAGAGAUUUGCACCUAUUGUGAAACAAACACCAUGUUUUGGCUUUACGGAGCUCUGCAAUAUUCCAGUUAUAAAUUACACAUUCUCAUGGCUCAUGCGCACUGAAAUCCGCCAUAUAAUGCUAGUGGUUUCUGGAAAAAACGAGAAAUAUGCCAGAAUUGUGGAAAACGAAUGGAGUUCCGUCUUCAAUGAUUUUAGUGUGAUUGUGUGCGAUGGUGCGAUCAGCGUUGGCGAUUUUCUCCGAGAAAUCCAUAACAGAGAAUUAAUUACAUCCGACUUUCUUCUUAUCUCGAAUCCCGCGACUGUGACAUCUUCAACCUUGGAAAAGCAAAUUUUCGUUUUCCGCAAAAGGCGACAAGAAAACCCCGACAAUGUGAUGACCCUUCUCUAUGGAAACUGCGAAUGUCGAGAAAAAACGGUCGUCGGAAUUGAAUCCGCCACCAAGAAGCUUCUGUUGUACCCGCCAGCGAAUGCGACAACACAAUUAAGGGUCGAUAAGGUUGAUUUUUACAAUUCGGUUGAAAUUCGAAGAGACAUCACGGAUUCUGGAAUCGCGUUAUGCAGUCGAAUGAUUGCAACACAAUUUAGUGACAAUUUCGAUUUUCAAUCAAUCGAUGAUGUUAUUCGCGAGAUUUUAUCUAAAGAUGAUAUUCUUGGUCUUAAUAUUCAUGUGGAUAUUUUCUCGCCAGAAGAAGCUGCCUAUUCAGCAAAGGACUAUUUCUCAUUCAUUCAUCUCAAUAGUUUACUAUUGGAGCGCUGGUUUUACCCAAUUGUUCCAGAAAAAUUGGAUGUCUCAAAAUUCAUCUCCGUAUGUCCUAGAAAUGUCUACAUUGAAGACGAUGAUAUAAGCAAUUCGAGACUUUCCACAAAAAUAGUUGAGCCCAUCUUCGGCGAAUGUCUCACUUGGGAAACGAUGUCGGGUGGCAUCGUCAACGUUUAUCAUCAAUUCGAGCAUUGGGGAUAA